CAUGAGGGCGCACUAAAUCACUGUUGACUGUGUUGUGGACAACAUGUAGCACUAAAUGCGAAGAUGGCAUGAUUUUUAUAAAGACUGUAUAAGAAAUGUUGUAAAACUGCACCUAACAGGAGCCAAGGAUUGAUCAUGUAGCCUACAUAUGAUGGAAGCGGAUCAUUGGCGUGAAGGGCCAUAUUGAUCUUGAAUCAAUCUGAAUGGGGAGAUCGGAGGAGUCCCUAUAAGAUGACACGCACAGAUCCCCCUGAUAUACUGGUAUCUACUCUGUAUCGGGACAUCAAACUAAAUCCCAUCACUGGGCACUCCAUUUCGCUCAGCCCCUUCCAACAAUGUGACUCGCAAAUGAUUGACAAACUGGAGCGACACACGGAAACCAUUAACAAAAGACACUGCCGUAGCUUUGACUACCUUGAGUCAUUGGACGACCCACAGCCCUUUUCUGCCUCAAUGGAGUAUCCUUACAAGAGGACUGAGCAUCAGAGGGUGCAUAAAGAGGUGACCUGGAAUGGCCUGGAUCAUCCAGGACACCUCCGUUUCUCAUCCCCUGAUCUGUUCAACACUAGACUACCCCCACCACAGCAUGCCAACCCAGACAAAACCAGUCAGGCCACGAGGUCAGAUUCAAAGAAAAGGACAAGAUCAAAAAGUGCUCCCAGAGUCAAGACCACCUUUACCCCUGUGCCCAUGUCAGUCUCUCCACCGGUAACCAGGAGAGGACGAGGUGUCCCACAGGCUGUACCAGACCCCCCUCUAAGGACAUCUGAACCACACCGGGACUCUUACUCCUCUAACCAGGCUUUUUCGAACGAGGUACACCCUAUAAAACUGCAACCACACUCUCCCCUCUAUGUCUCAGACUGUUUCUCUGAGGAGAGUAAACAGGAUGAGCCAGCCAUCACUCCUCAUGUCAGGUGUCGUGUGGAUAUCAAGCCAGAUGCAGCGGUCCUGCAGCACACAUCCAGGAGGUCUCAGAGCAUGAGGACUGAACAUCCCUGGCAGAGAUACUCCUACUUCAGUCAGAGCAGAGGUCUGUCUGUGCCACGGCAGGUACGGACACCCACACCAAACGACUGUUACAGUGGCGAUUAUAGACAAACAUAUCAGUACACUACCUGCGGGCCCCCCAGCUACAUCCAGCCAGUAGACAUGCGAAGGGUGCCCUCCACUAUAAUGCCAAGGGAAUACUUGUCAAGGGAGCAGAGGACUCUUUCAAACCCCAAUAUACCCACUAAAUUCUUCUACACUGAGGAUCCGACCAGAUACCCUGUCCACCCCCCUGCUAGAGCGUACUAUCAGGAUGAUAACUCCAGCCUCACCAGCCAAGGCAGUACUCUUAAUGGUCAGUAUGUGCAUGAUCCACGGACUCGUUGGGUUCACACUCUCCCAGUCCGGCCAUAUUACACAGAGCAACACAUGUCCAGCAGAGACCCUGUGCAGGCUGUCUAUACCAGACCUUACUCCACAAGCGAGGCAGGGCCAUACUUUUCUCAAACACAACAGGCAAGAGCGUACUAUGGGGAAGAACCCAGGGGCUAUCCCUGUCAGUCUAAUGGCUCCAGGAUGUUAUACAGCAAGCCGUACAACCCCCCAGCAGAACAGUAUAUUCCUUACAGGGCAUAUCACACGGAGGGCCGUCGACGUACACAAAUGUCCCAGGCCUAUGCAGAUGACUGGUAUUGUUCAAGUAUAUCUGGAUACUCUAACCAGUCCUCUCAGCUGACACCACAGAGAGUAAGACAAGAGCCAGUAAUGUCCCCCUGGUUUGAAAACAGUUAUGUGGAGCCAACCAGACUGGGAGCAGAAGUCAGAAAACACUCAAAGUCCUGGGACAAUAUUCUUUAUCCUCGUCAUGACAGGGAGCAAGCAGUGCCGUGUGGACGCAGCUAUGAUAAUCUGUUAUAUCAGGGGAGACAUGCUCUGUUUCCUAAUGAUACACCAAAGCCAGUUAUACUCAAUCUAUCUAGUUCACCAAGGCGCUAUGCUGCCCUGUCCCUCUCUGAAAACUCCUUAGAGAAAGGUCCAAACAAUCCUGGAAGGAACACUAAGGCUGGGCUAUGGUUUGUAACUCCUGAGAUCACGAUAACCGACAAUGACAUACGCGCACGCAACCACAAACUGCAAGAUGUGCGUUCAGCCACCUGGGAUGCACUGGAUUGUGAAAAGGUGCCAACUCUAAAUGUUGUUCGUCAUCAAGAGCAGCCAUCUGAGUCAGCGGAGCUGACCAAAGACAGACAACACAAAGAUUAUUCCCUGCAGCAGAGCCUAGAGCAACUGGACGAGCUGCUAGCUGAUCUUGUCACUGAUUACAAACCCUCGACCAGCAGGCGGCCUAGUCAGGAUCUAAUGGACCAACUAAAACAGUUGAUUAGUGAGGAUGAUGAAAAAGGAAAGCUAAUAUCUUCAGGCCUAGAGAGUCUAGGAGGCCUAGAGAGUCUAGGAACUCUGAGCUCACCAAUCGCCUCCACUAAAACCAGCCCUGACACAAUCAAAGACCCAGACAGUGGGUGUGAUGGCUUACAGAGCAUACAAAGGAGUCCAGAGGAGAUCUCCCCAGACCACAGCACAGACGACGAUGACACCAUGAUGUGUGCCAACAAGAAGUGCAAGCGGACAGAGACCCUGUUCAAUGCCUGUCUUUACUUCAAAUCCUGUCAUAGUUGCUACACCUUCUACUGCUCCCGGAACUGCCGUCGGGAUGACUGGGACAGCCAUAAAGAGAACUGUCUAUAUGGGCGUAUCAGUAGUGUGUGCAGGCACAUGCUGAAGUACUGCAGAGAGAACUUUGAGAUCCAUAAAGCCUUCUCUCGCAUUGCCAAAGCUGGCUACCUUUCCAGAGGGAGAGGCAUUCUUUUCCUGGGCUUUGCUAACCCAGGGACCGCUGACAACUUCCUGAAGGUUGGGCUUGAGAGCCUUGUCAUGUCCCCAACAUAUCUGUCUCUAAGAGAGCUGGACAGCUUCAAAGACAACCUGGGGGAUUACUGUAAGGACCUGCAUCAGGCUGGCAAUGAGUAUGACCCCAAUGAAUGUUUUCUCUUGAAUGUAUCCAUCGCUGUUGGUGAACUAGUGCCUAACAGACCUUCACCAAGAGUCCAAACACCAACAGUCCGAAAAUAUGCAAAGAUUUCGUUGGCCUCCUCCAGCCCAGAUAAAAAGGUCUUCAAGAAGGAAAGUGACAUGGAGACACUCAUUCUCACCCCGCCACCAGGCACACCUGAUAUUGACAAAGAGGGAAAGGAGGGUAUGAAAGCCAGAGAGAUCUGCUUUAUCAAUAUCCAACGUGAGCUCAGGACCAGGGGAGUCUUCCUGCGUCAUGAGUAUCCCAAAAUAUACCGUCAACUCUGUGAAUUUGUGGAGAGCAACAAGAGAUUCACGCCCACUACCAUUUACCCCAUAGAUAAGAGAACAGGGAAGCAGUUCAUGUGUAUGAUCAUGGCUGCUUCUGAGCCCAGAACGCUAGACUGGGUGGGUACCCCCCAUCUCCUCGAUGAUAUUAUAUAGUACUGACCUGUGCACCUCUGAUGUCACCUAUAUGUACAUGUAUGUACAUGUGAUUUAACAGAUAUUUAUGAUGGAUGUUUGUAGAUACACAUGUAUUUUACAUCAGAAAGGAAGAUUGUUAAAGGGAUACUUCAGGAUUUUAUCAGUGAAGCCCUUUAUCUAUUUCCUCAUUAUCACAUGAACUCGUGGAUACUAUUUUAUGUCUCUAACUAGCACAAUUACUAACUAGCGUUAGCGCAAUGACUGGAUGUCUAUGGUAACUGCCAGCAUGCUAGUAGAUACCAUAGACUUCCACUCUUCGUGCUAACGCUAGUUAGCAU